AUGUCUUGCUCCAGCCUGUGCUAUCCAGAAUGCGGAGUGGCCCGUCCCAGUCCAGUGUCUGGCAGCUGCAAUGAGCCUUGCGUUAGGCAGUGCCCUGACUCUGAAGUGAUCAUCAAACCAUCACCGGUUUUCAUAACCCUCCCAGGACCAAUUCUCAGCAGUUUCCCUCAGCAGAGUGAAGUGGGAGCUGUAGGAGCACCUGUGGUCGGAUCUGGCUAUGGAGGCUCCUUCGGUUUGGGGGGAUUGUACGGCUAUGGAGGCCUUUAUGGGGGAUUAAGUGGUUAUGGUGGACUGGGUGGUUAUGGGGGAGGUUAUGGGGGACUGGGUGGUUAUGGGGGAGGUUAUGGUUACAGGGGAUUAGGUGGUUAUGGGAGCCAUUCUGGUUAUGGGGGACUGUGUGGUUAUGGGGGAGGUUACGGUUACAGGGGAUUAGGUGGUUAUGGGAGCCAUUCUGGUUAUGGGGGAUUGGGUGGUUAUGGGGGACUGUGUGGUUAUGGGGGAGGUUAUGGGGGACUGUGUGGUUAUGGAGGAGGUUACGGUUACAGGGGAUUAGGUGGUUAUGGGGAAUUAUGCAGUUAUGGGGGAUACGGCCGUAAGUAUUGA